AGUGCGCUAACGGUUGCCAAACCUCAAUGUUUUUUGUCUCAAACAAGAAAUUGCUUUCGCCCGGCUUUUCAUUAUUUCUUCCCAUUGACUGCAGAUGAACGUGCCGAUUAAAGGUAGAAGGACGGCAGACUACAAGCCAACGAUCCGAAGCAUGUCAGCUUACGGUGAAGCUUUGGAUUUAUCGGAUAUAGCUUCGGCAUGGAAUACAAUGGGACAAGCUAAAAAUUUGCUCAUUAGAACUGAAGAGAGGGCCAACUCAGAAAGAAACUCCGUAGACCGUUUACCAAGUUAUAUAUCCAACACAAGUUCAGAAAGUUAUCCUCGACUUGACAUGGUCUAUGGUAAACGAGUUUCAGAUUAUUCUCUAAAUAAUGGCACGCAAAAUGAAGAUGAUUAUAGCUCUACAAGCGUCAGAUUUCUGAAUGACACGCCAAAAGCUGCUCCCGGAUUAAAUUUAAGCGAUGAUCACCUCUCAAAACUCCAUCAAACUAUAGAGGAACAGAGAAAGAGCUCAGGCAAAAAGGUUCACAACGACGAAGAACGUGUAACCCCAAAAAUGUACGAUUUAUAUGAAAAUCAAAAUACAACAACUAAAGUUCGUAAAAUUGCUACUGGAUCUACUCGACCCACUUACAAAGGAUUUAAUGAACCAGUUCGAGCUGCUGUAAAGCGUUCGGCAUCCGGCGCCAAGAAGCCUGCAAGACCGAAAUUAUCUAGGGACUUUUCUAAUGAUGAACUUGAAACGAAACCUGCUCCACAAAAAUCAAAUAGGAUACUUGCGAAAAGCAAACCGGAAAAGUCAGACUUAAUCACCACAAAUUGCUGGCGGGAAGGUCAACAAGCUGUUAAGGAUGAAAUAGGGCCCGCUCCACGCUUGGAGAAGCGAGUUGUAAAGAUAGAGGGAGGAGACACAGUCAGGGAAAUAAGCGAAAAGAACUUAUCGGCUGAAGCUCGUUCAGUUUUGGAUGAUAUUAAAAGAAAGAAUCAUUUUUCUAAAGAAAGAAGGAGUGAGAGGGCAAAAAUACAACAAGUUGAAGCCGAAAUUGUUGCGGCAAGAGUUAGAAGAACUGAUUCAAAACAAGUUCAGGAAUAUAUAAAAAAGCAAAAGAAUGAAAGGAAAAAACAAAUGGAAUUGGAAAGAGAGGAGAAAAAGAAAUUACAAGAAAUGAAAUUAAAGCAAUUACAGGAUAUUUAUAAGAAGCAAAGAGAAUCUUCUCAAACAAAAUACGCCAGAACUAAAACUCUAACUGAUCAAUCUAACGUAAGCGCAAUCACCCCAGACAAUAGUUGUAUUAUCCAUUCUGCACCCCACUCCAGCGCUAAUUCAAGCGGCUUAGCUCAUGAUUCGAGUAUUGAUAAUUUAAUUGAUCGUUACAUCAGCAAAACUGUGCCAAAAAGCUCUUCCAGUUCAGUAGAUGAAUUAAUAAAAAAAUAUGCUUCACCGCCUGCUAGCCAAGGUGAACCAGAACCAACACCCGAAAGUGCCCCUAAAAGUAGACAGAGACAAACGUCCAAGAGAGACAGGUUAGCUGCUCUAUGUAAAACAGCAUCGGAAUUGCAAAGCAAAUUAAAAAUGGAAGUCAACAAAAUUAAUAUGUUUAUGCAUACGAAUACCGACUUAACAGUACCUGAUUCAACUUUACCAAAAGAGUAUAUUGCAAAAAGUAUUGAGGUUGAUAACGAUAAAAGUAUUGACGAGGAUCCUGAGACUGUUCCCGGUGUUGAGGGACUAAGAGCUCUGGCAAGCAAACGCUAUGAUAAUGAAUAUGCUAAUUUACCAACAAGUUUACUUGGAGGAGGAGACGACUUAAAUGGAAGAGAAUUGCAACGGGAGGACCUCGAUUCCUUUGAUAUUGAUAAAGAUAUGCCAGAGUAUUACGAUCUCGAACCUUCAAGCAUUCGGAAACCGGCAACUUUCACUAGGUGUGAUAACAUUCGAAAUCCAAACAAGAUUUCAUCUAAAUACGAAAAACUUAAUAGGGGAUUAGAUCACGUUGAUCUACAAACCAGAUCUGAUAGAUAUAAUGUUCUGAAUAUCUUGGAAAGGCAAAAAUAUCGAGUUUCAACUACGGAACUUGAUGAUAAUAUACCUAAAGUUGAGUCCAGACACAGUGAUGCCUCGGAAAUUGGAGCAGUAGUAGAAAAUAAAUUUGGAGCACCAAAUUUAGAGAUGCCUUUACUUGCAUCUUCCAUGGAUAAAAGCAGGGAAUCUCUCUCUGAAAUUUAUCAAAAAGAAAUCGUCUAUGAAGACGACAAUGCUCAUACCCCGUUAGAUUCCAAAAUGUUUGAUUCUGUGAAAACCGAUCAAAGUGAAGCUAGUAUUAGUGAAGAAACAUUAACAAAUAUACUCAGUGAUGACCUAAAUGAUUCCUACAACGACCUUUCGUCAGAUAAAUUGGAUCCGAUUUGCGGUCGCUAUUCACCGUCUACACUCGAAAGACGUCUAGCAGCCGAAUUAGAUUUGUACGAAGGAGUUGAUGCUCAUUAUAAGCAGCUUGAAGGUGUUGAAAAUCUACGCGAUGUUACGCUCGCUAAACAAGAAAGUGUUUCUUUGGCUCAAAUAUUAAAAACUCAAGAAAUACAACAUUCACAGCGAAUGGCCGAAUUAGAGUUGAAAGCUCAACAGCAUAGAUUCGAUAGCGAAAGGUCUCUAGCAGAAGCUAAAUUAGACCAUGAAAGAAAAUUACUAGAUACCCGAAAUAGAUCAAAGGAUGAAACCUCGGAAGAAAAACAUCACUUGAGGGAAAAUAUGCGCGACAUUUUUAAGGACCAAAUUGAGCGUAGCUCUCGCUUACAGGAGCGUGUCGUAGAGAGUGUAGGUGAAAUAGCCCGCCAUAGCGCUACAGCUGCUGUUUCUGCCGCUUUAGAGCAUCUGCAGCCGAAGCCUACUGAGAAAACUCUACUUGAAAAUAGAAGCACUCAAUUUUCCUAUAGAUCUAAUGGUGCAUCUCCGUCUUAUAGUCAAACUUUUGACAAUGACGAUUUAAGCGAAAAAAGUCAAAAAUCUUCUUAUUCAGAGAGUAUAAUCACUUCAAAAGCAACUUCAGCCCUUGAAUCCAGAACAGACGGUUCAAUUUCGGAGGAAAGCGAUGCUCUGAAAGGAUCAGAUCGAUCAGAAAGAUCACAAAGCCAUAUAAAAACAUCAAUAAGCGAAUAUGUAUCAAGAAAAUCAGACACGAAGUCUCGAUCAUCCGUUAGCGAGAAAUUACCAAAAAAAUCGACUAGUACCAUGUCUGUUGAAGAGAACUUAAAUACGUUAAGUGAAGGAAGCGAUGAUGGGAAAACAGCAGAGAUACAAACCGAUAGCGUAUACAAUGAUAGAAACGAAGACUACUCUAUGGAAUUCGAUUAUUCUAUUGCCGAAAAGAGUUUCAGUGAAGUUCUUCCGUCAAAAGUCCAUUACGAUAGUGUUAAAAGUUCUCUCUCUGAUGUGUCUGGAGUUAGCAUAAAUGAUAUCUCAAAGACCGAAAAUGAAGGUCACACGGCAUUUAGCACAUCCGGUUCAUUUGCCGCUUUUAAUGCCAAUAUGCUGAAACAAUAUAUUGCAGAAGAAGAGCUUAGAUCCCAGCAUCAAUUGGCACUUCUUAAAUUACGAGAGAAAGCUGUACAAGAAAAAAUGAAAGCCGAACUUGAAUGGCAGAAGACUCAAACUCAAAGUAGGAAAGAUCGUCGAACGGAUGAUCCUUAUCCAAAAAAACGUAGCCGAUCUGUAUUAUUGUCACUGGAACAAGAAAAAGCCGAAAUAGAAAGACGAAAAUCAGAAAUGAAGCAAGCAAGCGUUCAAAGAAGACUUAUUUUAAAGGGUCUCCGUGCUGAAAAGGAGAAAAAGAUUCAAAAAUCAAAAUUAUCUUCAAAGGAUAGAGAUGAAUUUCUCACAGAUGAUAAAUCGAAGACAACUGAACAAAGUAUUGAAGAAGAAACAACUCCUAAAGCUUCGGAAUCGGAUGUAAGUAAGCAAGUUACCUCACCAUCUGGAGAUAAUGUUUUAAGCAAAUUGAAAAAAUUCAAGAUCCAUGAAAAACAUUUAACCAAACGAGAGCAGAAAUUAAAAUUAAGGCGUAAGCAAGCUGAAGAAUUGUUACAAUGGAAAGAGCGCUUAGAUGCCGAAGAACGUUGUAUUAGGGCUCUUGAGCAAGAAGCACUUUCCGUCUACGAACGUAAGAAUCUUGAUGAACACUUUUCAGAAUUAUUAAAAGCUGGACCGAGCAAAUCAUCAGAUUCAAUAAAAGAGGAUACGUCAUACAAUCAAUCCGCUAUUAGCGAACAUGUCAGUCCUUCGACGCGAGAUAAUGACAGUGAAAAUGAAUCGUUUGAUUUGGAAACACGAAUUGCUCAGUUAAAACAGCAAGUCUUGAAGAAGAGAGCGCAUGCUGAAGAAUUAGCCAAGAAAAAACGACGAGAAAAACUUCAAGAAGAAGAGAAAAAGCUAAAGGACGAAUUGCAAUUGUUAUCGUCUCAACCUCGACGAGCUUCAUCGAAGGAAGAUACUGUUUCUGAAUCUUCGGAUAUUCUUUCUGAAAAGAUAACAACUCAAUCUAUUAGCGAAUCAAUUCAAAAGUCUAGAAGUAACAUAACCAGCUACUCAGCUGAUUUUUCAACAACCAAAUCCGGAGCUCCUUCUCAUCUUAGCGGAAAGAAAGUGGUCAGCAUAAGUGAAGCUCCCGGUGAAGAAAUUAUAACAGAAGAAGUAGAAAGUGAAGUUGAUCCAUCCAAAUCGGAAAUGAAAUUAUCUAUUCACUCUAAGUCGGCAUCAGAUGAUGAACACGAUGUUGAUCGUCUCGAUACAGGACGCAACAUACCGGAAGUUGACGAGGACGAAGUUUCUAAGAAAGAUUCAAUUGCUGUCUCGAUAAAAGGAAGUAUUUCAGAGGACAUUCAAGAAAAUUCUGUUGCUUUGCCCGAAAGCGUUAACAAAGAUUCGUAUAAAACAUCAUUCACAAGAUCAAGCAUUAGCGAAUCAAUAUCUGAGAGAUCCUAUGAGUCAGAUAGAUCGGAAAAGUCCAAUAAAUCGAAGUCGGAAAGUUCUGAGAAAUCGUAUAAAUCGGAUCAGUCCGAGAAAAAUAGUGUAUCUUAUCGUGCAGGUAAAACAUCUUCUGUUGAAGAGGUUUAUAGUGGAAGCGAAAGCGAGGAAACAACAGCAAGCAUUAGUCGAGGUUCUUCUUCAACUUCGGCUGAAUCUUCAAGUCGCACCUCUGCAGCUGAUAAAAAUCAACAUAGCACAACUAGUAGUCGAAAACCUACGGAGAAAUCGGAAACAAAAGAUUUAAGUUCUAGCGCUAUUAUUGAAGAUGUUGAAGAAAUAGUCGAGGAAGAUAUUAGCGAAUCUAGUAGUAGUGAUAGUAGUAAGAGGAUAAUAGCUGAAAAAUCUUCUGUAUCGGAGCCGGAACAAGUUCCUGAGGACGUUAGCGAACAUAUUGAAGAGUUAUCAUUGGAGAACGAGAAAGCACAGACAAAAUUUACCAAGAAAGAUAUUGAAGAGACUACGGACAAACUACUAAACGACGCAACAAAGAAAUUAUUAAAUGAAACUGUCUCGCACAUUAUUGCUAUAAAACGAGAGAAACAAAGUAAUUUUUCCAAAACAAAUGAAGGUAGCGAAUCGAAUCAAAUUGAAAAGACUUCAGAAGUGAAAGUUGAAGAUGAAGUGGAAGAAUUGGAAGAAGGUAAGACUGAAAGGUGGACCAAGGAGGAGAGUGCCAAAGUAAAAAUGGAUGCUCUUACUGAUCUAUAUAAGGAAAUGGAAAGUAUUACAGGUCUGGAUGAUAACGAAUGGAUAGAUGAUUGGGAAGAAAUGAAAAAACCUAAACCCCCACCUGCAUAUCAAUCAUUGGUACCCUGCUCUGAAGAAGCUAUAGAGAAAGUAGUAGGGGAGGCUGUUGACGUUUUAUGGUCCUUUAGGCGUUGUGGUCAAUGCUGGGAUGAUAUUCAAGAUAUCCCUCAGUCGUAUCUUAAAGCCCCGUCCGACCCGAAAGCAUCUCAAUCAGAAAAAUCUUAUAGAAAAUUAGUUUUUGAGCUAACUAAAUCAACAUUACAAGAAAUGUUUAAGGAAGAAUCGGAAACAAACCCCGAACCUUCGUACAUGAAAUCAAAAGGCCUCAUUUGUCCACAAACUCCUCCCGCCGUACUAGAUACCGUCCGACCAUUGGUUUCUAACAAGUUGGUCACUCUCUUGAACCCAUCAAAAGUUAACGACGCUAUCCUCUCCGUCGACAAACGUAAAUCGGAUUAUGUUGACGUUGUUCUUAUAUCCGAAUUGCGAGAAGAUGAACCCGAGUGGGUAACAUACGACCAAGACGAAUUUGAGGUAAAGAUGAAAUUAACCGAUGCCAUAUUCGACCUAUUGUUGCAGGAGACUGCUAAAGCGGUUGACAAGGCUAUUGGCGCGAAAAAAUGUUUUUAA